GGUCUUCUUCAUUUUUACUCUGCGUACACUUGAAGGUUGAAGCACAGUGAGCUUCAUUCACUCUCCCAGCCCUCUCUUCCGACCACCGAACGCCGCCUCCUGCCUCCGAUCACCAUCAUCAUGGCUUCGUACUUGUAUCUGCUCGCUGUCUUCCUCCUCUUCAACACAGCCGCCACAUUUACAGUUUCAUCUAAGCUAAUUCUCGAAGACGGAUACGAGGUAACCACCGUGAUCGAAGGCCAUAAACUGAAAAUCAACCCUCACGCCGUCCUCCCUCGCCCGGGAUCGUCAGAUCUGAUAGUGCUGGAUUCUUCCAGUAGUGUUUUCUACUCCAUCUCGUUUCCCCUCUCUAAUGAGAGCGUACCGGAAAGGUUAUCCGGAGAUGGAGUUGCGGGUCAUUCCGAUGGGGAAGCCGGUGGUGCCCGAUUUAACAAACCGAAAAGCUUCGCCGUCGAUGCUAAGGGCAACAUCUACGUUGCCGAUAAGAACAAUCACGCCAUUAGAAAGAUCGAUGCCUCAGGUAAGGUGACGACUAUUGCCGGAGGUAACUCAAACAAAACUGGCCACCACGAUGGGCCGGCACAGGAUGCAACUUUCUCGGAUGACUUUGAGGUAGUUUUUGUGCCGGAGAGGUGCGUUUUGCUUGUUUCAGAUCAUGGGAGUCAACUGGUUCGUCUGAUUAAUCUCAAGGCAGAGGAUUGUGUUAUGGGUUCUCAUUCCGCACUGGGAGCAGUGACAACUUGGAGUGUAGCACUGUUAGUUUCAUGUAUAUUAGGCAUAAUCAUUGGGUUGUUAAUCCGCCCUUAUGUCAUCCCUCACCAAGGCACCAGCCUCGUGCGAUUCUGCAUGACAUGGAAGCAUUGCCUAAUCAAUCUGGGGAAACAAGCACUGAUUUGCUGCUUCGACAUCAGAAACGCAGCUGCUAGCUCCAAACCAUACUUUCUUACAAAGCAGCUCUUCUGGUUGAGCCUCGCUCACCUUUCUCUCAUGUUUAGAAUCAAUUACCUUGAAUCUCAAUCUCCCCAAAAGGAUUCUGUUUCUUUGCUUGAUUCUGAUGUCUUGUAUAAAUCUGAGAUGAAAGAGUCCGAUAGGUUCACUGACCAGUUGAAGGAUUUGAUUAGUUUUGACGAAAGUCCUGAGUUGCCAGCCACAACGAAUGAACGGGGUGAAUGGAAUGAAGAAAGUUGUAAUAUUUUAUCUAACUCCCAAGGGGGGAUAGACAAUAUGAUCCAAGCUAAUAUUAAAGGGUUUGCAGAGGUAGCUGAAAAAACUACCGUAUUGCCUGCAUCAAUGGUAGGCAAAUCGGGUUUAGUUAGGAGGAGAUAAUUAGAUGCAAGGUAAUUUCGACUAUCAUGUUUUUCUUUAUUGUAAUUAUGUGUCUAUGGCUUGUAAAGAUCAAAAUGGUGUGUAUUUGUUAUUAAUACCAAAUAUUAAUCUAGUAUUGUCGUCAUCCUAGAAAUUUUAG